AUGGCUUUCUCAUCUAUUGCACUUGCAGACACUCCUCCAAAUCCAAACGACCCCCUUUCACAAUCACCAACUUCGACGUUCGGUGCCCCGUCAGCUGCUAUGGGUAUACCAACGUCAGCUGCAGGAUCAGCAGCAACCAAUAGUGGUAUAAGUUCAAAUAUGCCAGUUGUAACUGCUACGGGCGAUGAUUCAUUAGAAGACCCAUUAGAUGAUGGGAAUGUGUUUAGUCAAGGCCGCAGUGCGGCUGUCGGUCCUCAAGGAAUGGCUAAACUAAGACGUGAUUCUAUUGCACAUUCUCAAGGUAUGGGAGGUGUAUCUUGGGGGUCACUAACUAUUGGAUCCUGGUUAAGAGAUGAAGUUAUGUUUCAUGCAACUCUUAAAAAUUCAAGAAGUAAUAGCGUGUCAAAGACAACGACUGUACACCUAUAUCCCCCAUCGUCAUCAUCUCAAACAACAAGCAGAAGGCCGUCACAUUCUGUAAAUUUUACAGCAGCUUCACCGCCAGCGGCAUACAAUGCUUAUCUACCAAAUUUAGAGAAACAAUACUGUAAGGAUUACUCUUGCUGUGGGUUAUCGUUACCAGGAUUGCACGAUUUGUUGAGACACUAUGAAGAGGCUCAUAUUGCUACUUCACCAAGUUCAAAUACUCAGAUACCAGGUCCAACAGGUCCUUCUUCUAAGAAGAGAUUUUAUCGCCAACAAACUCCAUCGGAUAUGACUGGUAUACCGCGACAGCAGCAGCAGAUGCCAGCUCCUCAUAAUCAGCAGCACCAUCAAUCUCAACAACAACAGCAUCAGAUGGAGAUAGCUUCACAACAACUGUCAGCUAACAGUUUUCGUAAAACAACUUUACAGCAACAGAAUCCUUCUCAACAUCAACAUCAUCAACAGCAGCAACACAUAAUACAGCAACAGUUAAGUCCUCAUUCCACAAUGACAGGUUCGGCUGCUAGUGUAAGAGCUAGUGGAUCACCUACACCGCUCGGAACAACAGGUGCAACGGGUUCGGAACCACCGCAAGGUCCUCAAUUACACUUAAAUGGUAGUUUAGUGGAUGCAGUCUCUACAAAUGACGUUUUCCUUCAAGCUGGUAAUGGUACUCAUUCUCAUGGUCCAUCACCAGUUGCAAGACAUAUGGCUGCUAGGCAACAACGGCAUAAUAUUCAACAGUCACAUCAUCCUCAUCAGCAACAUCCAAAUCUCCAUCAUCCUCAUCCACAUCAACAGUCUUCUCACGCAAAUGUGGUUCAACAAAAUACUGCUGCUCAUCAAAGUGGUAAAAUACCGUUAACCCCACAGCAUUCUUUUAACGCUUAUUCUUUACAAAGCGGUAAAAACUCACGUCAUAGCGGUAGUGGUAGUGGCAGUGGUAGUAGUACUAGCAGUAAUGCGAAUAACAAUACAAUAGUACAACUACCAAGUGCUCUCCCUAAUAUGAAUAAUAAGCUUGGUACUAAUAAAUUUACCACCAACAUGUCAACAGGUUUAGAAUUAGAUUUUAUGGACGAAGAUUUGGUUGGUUCAGAUGUAGAUGGAGCCGAUUCAGCUGCCUUUAUGAGGCUGGCGAGUGCUUCACCUCAUUCAGGAAUGCCGUUAGCACCUCAAUCGCCUUCGGCGUCAUCAAGAUUUGCAUCAAUGGCAGUACCCACAUCGAUACAUCAUCCAACACCUCCAACUAGUACCGCAGCGUUAGCGGGACCUCUAAUGAAUGCCACUAGUGGUGUCGAUGAAGAUGACGUAGAUGAGGAUGAAGAUGAAGAUGAAGACGAAGACGAAGAUGAAGUCGAAGAUGAAGAUGAAGACAUGUCAGGUGAUGCGUCAAAUUCUCAAUCAAAGACAUUACAACAUAAUUUCCACAGACAAGAGGGUUAUAUCGAUGAUCCUGCUAGGAGACUUUACGUUAUGGACCACGAAGAGCAUAAGCCCUUUAAAUGUCCUGUCAUCGGUUGUGAUAAAACUUAUAAGAAUCAAAAUGGUCUAAAAUAUCAUAAAUUACACGGUCAUCAAAACCAGAAACUACAUGAGAAUCCUGACGGCACUUUCAGUAUUAUAGAUCCAGAAUCCAAUGAACCAUACCCAGAUGGUAUGGGUUACGAAAAGGAUAAACCAUAUCGUUGCGAAGUUUGCGGAAAACGUUACAAGAACUUAAACGGACUCAAAUAUCAUAGGGGCCACUCAACCCAUUGA